AUGGCCCAACCGAGUCCGGCUGUAACCCGCUUAUGUUAUUCUGUUUUAGAGCCGGAAUCGGCGGACCCAUCAGCUGAUCUGUGUUUUCACUGUCUCGAUGGCACCAACGUGUACGCUCAUUCGUUCGUCGUGAAUGACAUUUGGCCUCAACUCAUGGCCAAAUCGGGCAUGGCCGAGUCGUGCGAGCCGGAGGAGCUGGAGAUUUGGGGCGAAGUGCCACGUACUCAUCAUACUGUGUUUUUGGAGCGGGAUGUGGUGGGUUUUUGGGAUUUUUUGUAUUUUUUAGGGGAGGAGGUAAGUGGGGUGAGAAGUUAGGGCUUGGGAUAGGCAUGAGGAACGGAUUGGAUCGGCCUUGUCUCAAAUUUACUAAAUUGAACGAAAAGUAGUGGGAUAUUUUUCAUCUAUUUUUCAAGUAGAAAGCCCAUUUUUAAACAAAGAUUAACUUACCCUAUAUUUUAUUAUCUACUUUCAGCUCCACUACCUACUAGAACUAGCCUACGGCCGCUUGGACACCAACUUUUUGCAAAACGAAUUCUUCUACAACAAACUGAAGCUGGCUAUAAAACAAUAUCCGAUCGACGAAAGCCUGUACAUAAUAUUCAAGGGCAAAACCUUUAAAAAAUUUCAUUUGGAUCAACUACUCAGCGAUGUGGGUAUCGAUGACAUUCUCUUCAAAUACAUGGCAAUAGCACAACAGGAUCCGGACAAGGCCGAGGAGGUAGGAUAAUAUAAUUGGUUUUGAUGUUCAGGUAUAAAAUACUGGCGGAAAGCGGAUUUUUUUUUGGUAGAGGAAAGAUAAAGGCAAAGUUGAGGUCUGUAUGAUAGAAAAAUUUUUUGAUAAACAAAGGUCGGGCGCAGCUCGGAGAUAAAGAUUGUUCAGGAUGCGGAGCGGUGAAGGUGAAAAAUUAGUUAGUUUUACAAUUUUUUAAUUCGAUUAGAUCUAAAAAAGACUGAAAAACCUAAUUUUCCAAACCUUUUUUAUAAAAAUGACGUUUUUAUUCGAUUUCCGAGGAAAAACGGUAACCUUCAUUGAUUUUCAACUAGUGUAGUAUAUAUUUUAGUGUUUUCGAAGCAAAUAAGUAUCUGUUCCUAGCGAGUUUUAUAUUUAAAACGUUGCUUAAUACCUAAGCAUUGAUUCUUUUUUUCAUAAAUUAUAAAAAAUAAAGUUUUAAUUUGUUUUUUGGGCGAAAAACUUAAUUUUUUUUUAGGUUUUAGGUAGUUCAAUGGAGAUUUAUCAAGUUUCAAAUACAUUUUUAAGGAAAUAUUGGUUCUAGUUUAUGCUUGAAAUGUUCAUUGAUAUCUCGUGUUUGAUAUUGUUUAUAAAAAGUUGUUAAAAAGCACGGUGUACUUAGUCUAUUCUGACAAAAAACUUUAGUUUUACGGUAUUUGUGGUAGUUCAAGGAGGAUUUUGAUAGUUUUUGAAAUAUUUUAAAGUUUAUUUCGAAUGGAUUUGAAGUAUAAAAGCUUGUUCUAUAUCUAGAGUAUUAUUUACUUUAUGAAAAAGUUUUAAAAAUUAUUUUUUAUUUUGAUUUUUCGGCCGAAACUGCUGAUGUUUCGUUGAUUUUGGGUAAUAUAACCUCAUUUUUUAUCUUUCGCUAGGAAUUUGAUAUGAAUUCGAGAUGUUUUUUGAUUUAAAAUGCUUUGUAAUACCUAAAGAUUAGUUGUCAAUUGCAGUUGCUCUUCAUUUUCGCUUAUUUUCAUCUAAACCAUGCAAUAACUUUGUUUCCAGCUAGUCUCGGAAGUUGUUUAUCACCUCUACAAGCUGGUCAAGACUAGUGCCAGUGCAAAUCAACAAUUUUUUCAUUUGGAAACGGAGCAUCUGAAGCGAUUACUCUCGGACAACAAUCUGAACAUUCACAGUGAAGCACAAGUCCUGGAACUGAUAUUACUUUACAUUAACCAUAAUGCCAAAACUGAAGAACAACGACGACGAAUGGCUACACAACUGGUACCCUGCAUCCGAUAUGGGGGCCACACGUUUGGUAUCAGCCUGAAUAAUGUGGGUUUUUUAAAAUUUUUGAAAUUUAAUUUUUUUUUGGAAAAAAAGUUUUUUUUUGAAUUUUUAAAAUUUUUAAAAAAGGUAAAAAAAUGUAAAAUACGGAUUCAAGAAACCUCAAAACUUCUAUUUUUAGGCAAUAACAUCAAACGAAUUGACUAUAAAGAACUACCAAGAAUGGAUAUCGCCGGAUACUGUAACAUCUCGUUUACCAAGAGAUGUAUUGGUCAUAUAUGGUGGAUGGCUGGACCGACCCUCUCGAAUGUGUCAGGUAUUGGCUAGACAUGAACAAAGAUUCACACAAAUGGAAUGGUUCGCCGACAAAUGCCCUCUGGCUUAUCAUGUUCUCAUUGAGCUUAACAAGGUUGGUUAUUUAUUGGUGAAGUGAAAGGUUAGGUUUGGUCGAUGAAUAGGCUGAUAUGGUGUUUUCGGUUGAUUAAUGUCAUAAAAAAUUCAAAUUUUUAAAAUUUUUUUUAAUUUUAAAAAAUUUUAAACUUUUAACUUCCAGACAGUCUACCUGAUCGGCGGCUACAACAACCAAGAGUACCUGAAGAACGUGCGCAAACUGAACGACGGUGACACCCAAUGGCAGUCGUGCCCAUCCAUGUUCGCUCCACGAUGCUACGCCUCGGCCUGCAGCGACGAUCAACGCUUCAUCUACGUCUGUGGCGGCUACAAUGGCAGACGAAGGCUGAGGACGGUGGAAAAGUUUGACACAUGGGACCAGAAAUGGUACAAAUUACCAUCAAUGCAUCAUCACAGAUCAGACGCGGCAGCAGCCUACUUUAAGGGUCAGUUGAUAGUGGCAGGAGGCUUUAAUGGAGAGAAUGUAAUGCCAUUUGUGGAGAUUUACUGCGAAGAGACACGACAAUGGCAGGAGGUGUGGAACAUGAAUACUCCGAGGUAGGGCGGGGGUUUUUUGGGAGGAAAGUGGUUGUGGGGUGGGGAUGGAUUUUUGGAGAAAAAAAAUGAUUUUAGGGUGGGGAGGGGAGUAAAAACAUGAUUUUAGUAUAGGGGAGGGGACUGAAAAAAUUCAAAUUCUUUCACGGCGGGGAGGAGAGUAAAAAAAAUAAAUUUUGGGGUUUUUUGACAGGUGAGGUAACGUAUAGUACAUUUUUUUGAAAUUUUGAAAAAAAAUUUGUUUUUUAAAGAGUGUCAUAAAAUUAUUAUGAAUAUUAGUAAUAUUAGCUAGUUACAGUAUAUAAAAUAUUUAUUUAUCCAGAAAUAUAAAAUACGACCGAUCCGCGGUCUAGUUGGUUAGAGACUUCUUAUUUUUUUGGCCAAAUCGGCCUAACUAUAAACACUUUUUGCAAGAUAAAAAAAACCUUCUUUGUUCUGGACCGGUUCUAUAUUUUUGUAAACAUGUUUUUGUAUUUCUUAACUCGCAACUUCGCGACAAGAGGGUGUAGUAAAAAAUUUUUAAUUUUUACGUCUUAAGGGUACUUUACUUUUAAUUUUUUGAAAUUUUGAAUUUUUUUUUGGUUUUUCAUGUGGGUGUGGUAAAAAAUUUUAAGUUAGGGGUGUUUUUGGGUGAUGGGUAAUUUUUGUAGUUUUGUUAUCUAAAAUUUAAUUUUUCAAAAGAAAUUUUGGAGUUUUCUUGAUUUAUUCUUCAGAUCAGGCUUAUCAUUAGUGCCAUUUGACAACAAACUGUAUGCGAUUGGAGGAUACACAGCUGGUGAGAUUACUGGCACAGUGGAGGUAUUGGCAGAUUGUCAUGGAGCUUGGUCGGAAUUUACUUCUUUGAGACAGAAACGGUAGGAAAAUGAACAUUUUUUGAUUUUAUCUGGGCAGGGUGUUACCUAAAAAUGCAUUUUUUUGACUUUAUAUGGGCAAGUAUUACCUAGAACUGCAUUUCUUUCGAAAGUUAGUGUGAUUUUUUGGGCAGAUAUUACCUAAAAAAGUAUUUUUUUAAGCGGGUAUUACUUAAAAUUUUGAUUUUUUGGGCUUUUGGUAACAACUUUGAUCUUAAAAUCAACAUUUGGGCUUUUAAAAACUAGUCUUUGCAGAUCCAACUUCUCCGCCAUCCAAUACGAUGGCUGUCUGUUUGUAAUGGGCGGCCACGACGGCUCAACCACAACGAAUACGGUGGAAAUACUGUAUUCAGGCCAAACCCAAUUUGUACCAGGCCCCAAUCUAGUAGUCAAAUGCUCCGCAUUCCGCACAGCUGUCUUGCGUGACUGGAAAUCGACCAAAUUUGACGGCGACAAACUCGUCUCGAAGUGUAUGACGUCUUACGUUGAAGUAGAUCUACCAAUACCAGCACCACGUCGCUUACUCUCCGACGAUGCUAUUGAUACUGAUGAGGAGUGA